AUGUCAUCAAGACGAGGAAGGAGAAAAAACUGUAAUACUACUACAGAUAGUGAAUCUGCCAUAUCCCUUAGAGAAUUACUCAAAACUAAUAAAACUUCUCAUGAGAAAACAACUAUAGUUGAAUUAAGUAAAACUGAUGAAGUACAAAACAGAAAAAAAAGAAGGAAUGAUUUGAAAGAAAAUAAAAAACAAAAAAAUUCUCGAGUUUCCAUAUCGCAAGACAUAUCAUUAUCAAAAGAACAUAUUGAACAUCAAGCUACUUCUCAAGAUUUUCCGGUUGUAACUAUUGUAUCUGAUAGUAAUGAUUUGAACGAUUCUAUGAUUAAUAAUACUAAUAAAAGCGAAAAUCAAAGAGAAUCGAUAAACAGUGAAUCUGAUACACCUGAUUUAUCAACAUCUCAUCUAACCGAAAGGAUAAAUGCACAGCUUAAGCGUAAAAAAUUGCAUGAACUUAGUAAUUUACCAUCUAAAUGUGUUAAACUUGAUGCAAAUACUCAUUCUAUUCUUGAAAAAAUCCUCGAAGAGCAGCUGAAGCAACGUAUGACAAUUGAAACUUUGCAGGAAAAAUAUGCAGAGUUAAAAAGUGAUAUUUAUGAAAAUCAUAAACUCCUACAAAACGUGCUUGCAGUUUUAACAAAAGAACCAUCAUUAACUACUAAUAAUCAAGCACAUCAACUGGAGGGAAAAGUAAAGCAACGUUUGAAAAGAAAGGAUACAAAACAUUUGUGGUGGGAUGUUCCAAUGACAGAAGCUUGUCAUCAAUUGUUUCAAGAAAAUAAAAAUCCGUCAGAUGCAGAUAUUGAACGUGUUUUCAAAUCAAAAAUUCAAACUGAUUAUCCCAAAAAAUUACAAGAAAUUGUAGAUUCAAGUGGAUGGGAUAAUUUCUGGAAUGCUGGAUAUUCAAUUACAUUGGAAUAUUUUCGUAAUUAUAGGAGCUCUUACGUACGCAAGAUAAAAGAUGCAGUUUACGCUACUUUCAACUUAAUUUCUCACAAACUUAACAAGUUUGCCAGUCCCACGGAAGUCAGAUCUUGGAAAGAAUCGGAACAAGUUAAACAAGCAAGAUCUAAUUUGUGGAAUAAAAUAGAUAAUGAACCAAAUUCUCCUUCACUUAUUGAAGAUAUUUUGCGAAAAGUGUUUAUGAAAGAAGAGUUGCAAAAUGAAAAUAACAUUAAAUUCGGUAUUACAGUUGCAUGGAUGUUAUUAGAUCCAUCAUAUGAUCAGGUUGAAAUAUCAUCAUCAAAAGUACAAGAACGGAUGGAUAAAUGGGAUACUGAUUCUAUUAUACAAAAAUGGCUUAAUAAAAAAAAUAACAAUAAUGAAAUUAAUAGUGAAUAUAAUAGUGAAUUAGACGAAAAUGAAAUUUUGCAAGAAGCUGAAUAA